AUGACUACUCAUGCGCGCCACUUCAUGUGUACGAGUCCUAUCUAUUCCCGUCCGCCCUACAUGUUCCCCCUCCCUCCCCUCUCUCUUUCUCUCUCUGUCUAUCUCUCUAUCUCAUACACACACCUCCUCAAUUUUGCUCUCAUUUUAAUUUUCUCAUAUCCUCUCCCUCUCUCUCUCUCUAUCCAUCUAUCUAUCUAUCUAUCUAUCUAUCUAUCUAUCUCUCUCUCUCUCUCUCUCUCUCUAUAUAUAUAUAUAUAUAUAUAUAUAUAUCUAUCCCUCCUUCCUUCCUUCCUUCCUUCCUUCCUUCCUUCCUUCCUUCCUUCCUUCCUUCUUUCCUUCCUUCCUUCUUUCUUUCCGAUUUUCCUUCCUUCUUUCCUUCCUUCCUUCUUUCUUUCCUUCUUCCUUUCUAUCCUUCCUUCCUUAAUUCAUUCCUUACUUCCUUACUUCUUUCAAUCCUUCCUUCUUUCCUUCAUUCCUUCAUUCCUUCCUUCCUUUCUUUCUUUCUUUCUUCCUUCCUUCCUUGCUUCCUUCCUUCCUUACUUCCAACUCUCUUUCCUUCUUUCCUUCCUCCUUUCCUUCCUCCUUUCCUUCCUUCCUUCAUCCAUUCCUUCCUUGCUUCCUUCCUUUCUUUCAACCCUCUUUCCUUCUUUCCUUCCUUCUUUCCUCCCUUCCUUCUUUCUUUCCUUCUUUCUUUCUUUCCUUCCUUCCUUCCUUCCUUCCUUCAUUCCUUCCUUACUUACUUCUUUAAAUCCUUCAUUCCUUCCUUCAUUCAUUCAUUCAUUCAUUCCUUGCUUCCUUCCUUUUUCCAACCCUCUUUCCUUCUUUCCUUCCUUCUUUGCUUCCUUCAUUCCUUCCUUCCUUCAUUCCUUCCUUGCUCCCUUCCUUCUUUCUUUCCUUCCUUCCUUCCUUAUUUCAUUCCUUCCUUCAUUCAAAGCUUCAUUCGUUCUUUCCUUAUAUCCCUCCUUCCUUCCUUCGUUCCUUCCUUUCUUUCAUUCAAUCCUUCCUUCCUUCAUUCUUUCCUUGCUUCCUUCCUUCUUUCUUUCUUUCCUUCCUUCCUUCCUUCCUUCAUUACUUUUUUCUUUCAUUCCUUCAUUCAAUCCUUCCUUCCUUUCUUCAUUCCUUCCUUCAUUCAAUCCUUCAUUCGUUUUUUCCUUCCUUCCUUCCUUCCUUCCUUCCUUCCUUUAUUCCUUCCUUGGUUCCUUCCUUUCUUCCUUUCUACUCAUACUUUUUUUUUCUUUCUUUCUCAUUCACUCAUUCCCUCUAUCUGUUUGUUUACCUUCUCCAUUUCCUAAUUACUUCUCUCAACCCCCUUUACCUCCAGACCUUUCUUUCACUCCCUAUCUUAUCCUUACCCACUCUAUGUCUCUCUUUAUUUAUUCAUACACCUGCUUUCUCCCUCCAUUUUCCUUCCUACUAUUUUUCCGUCUUUCUCAACUUAUUAUUGCAUCAUCCUUUCUUUUCUUCUCUCUCUUUCUCUCUCUUCCUCCCCCUUUUAUUUCCACUUAUUUCCUCUGCACCAUUCUUUUCUUCUCAAGUUUCAUUUUCAGAUCUAGCUCACUACAACAAUUCUUUUCUUCUUCUUCUUCUUCUUCUUCUUCUUCUUCUUCGUCUUCUUCUUCUUCUUCUUCUUCUUUUGUUGAGCAUGAAGAUAAGAACCGGAGGCAUCCAAUUGAUAAACAGGAUAUGGGUUAUUUCGAAUGCUUGUUGCUAACGGGGAAAUGUUGA